UACCGAAUGUCACUUGCUUCGUUUGAGCCUCUGCGGAUCAGCAAUCAUGGUGUAUUCUACGGCAUUAGAAGUUAUUGGAGGUUGUUUCAUAGCCUACUAUCUUAUAAAUCUCCUGAGGAGAGCUGUAACUGGCUUGAGAGCGUUUGUUCUUCCUUCGCUAGGGAUAAAAAAGAACUUAAAAUCCUUUGGUAGCUGGGCAGUGGUAACUGGAUGCACAGAUGGAAUAGGAAAAUCUUUUGUCUAUGAGCUUGCAAAAGAAGGAAUAAACAUUGUACUCAUGAGUAGAACACUAGAAAAACUUCAGAACCUUGAAGCUGAAAUAAAAUCUGUUUACAAGGUGAAAACCAAAGUUAUUGCCAUGGAUUUCAGUGGUGGAGCGGAGAUUUAUGAUGGACUGGAUGAGAAACUUGAUGGACUUGACAUUGGGAUAUUGAUUAACAAUGUUGGAGUUUCCCAUUAUCCAGAGUUCUUCACCAACAUGAAGAGAGAGGAUUGCUGGAAGAUGAUCAAUGUCAAUGACAUGUCUGUAAUCAUGAUGACACACAUCAUUCUUCCUGGAAUGGUCUCAAGGGGUAAAGGAGUGGUGAUGAAUAUCUCAUCCAGGGCUGGUGUAGAACCACUGCCGCUGCUGUCAACAUACUCAUCAUCUAAGGCUUUUGUGGAUUUCUUCAGUGAGGCCAUUGCUACUGAAUAUGCUGGAAAAGGAAUCAUUGUCCAGUCUGUCAUGCCACUCUAUGUCGCCACCAAGAUGAGUAAAAUCAAGAGGCCCAGUCUCUUUGUUCCAGGCCCAGAUGAUUAUGCCCGUCAGGCACUGGGUACCAUUGGGGUAGAACAAAGGACAAAUGGGUGCUGGAGCCAUUCUUUACAGGAAUUUGUGGUUGGGUUGAUCCCACGCUGGGUAAGAGAGAAACUGGCUUGGAAUAUCUUGAUGGCAAGUAGGAGAGCAGUUUUAAAGAAGCUAAAUCAACAAGGCAAACAGGAUUAAUAUCCAUUCACUAAUGGUAUCAUGAUAAUGAUUCUUGUGAUUUCUUUAAUCAGAUAUUUUUUACCUCUGAUUUUUUUAAGUUGAAUAAUCAAGGUGCAUCCUGGUCUAACUUGGGUACAUGUAUAAGUAACACUUAUAAAACCUAGUUAGAUUUCUUGGUGUGCAAGGCAAACAGGAUUGAUAACCAUUCACUAAUGGAUUCUAAAUGAAGUAAAUAGUUAAAUGGUAAAAUAUUUCUUGAUUUGAGUGAUGCGUUUCUAAGUUAUGAAGGUUUAUACUUCCAAUAUGCUAAUAAGUGUGACGUC